AUGGUGGUCUGUGGGACAAUGAUCACAGUAUCGGCAUCACUGAGCCGACCAACUCCAGAGGAUGUUUUGUUGUUUUUCUUUCCUCCGUAUCAGCCGCUCAGAAUAACCCGAUGUUCUGGUUCUGUUCAUGUCUCAUCCUGUCCAGCUGUGGAGGAGAUGCAGCUGACGGACGCUCAGUACACGCUGGAACACAUGCAGGCCUUCGCCAUGUUCAACUACCUGCAGCUGGACCCGUGGUACCAGGACAGCGUUCUGUUCGUGGACCGCCAGGCCCGGGUUCUGAGCCUCACCGUCACCCUGGACACGGCGCUGGGGAAGCCCAAGGAGGUCUUCAGGUUCGGACCAGAGUCCGACCCGUGUUCUGAGCGGCUCUGCCCGUCCAUCAGCCUCUCCUCAGCGACCUCGGCGGUUCUGUCCGACGGCGGCGGGCGGCUGCAGCUCCUCCGGACCGGCAAGAGAGGAGACGGCUGUCAGACCAAGUGGGAGGUUCUGUUCAGCGAACGGCUGGGCGACCCGUUCACCAUCCUGCACAGCGUCUCCCACGUCCAGGCCGGCGUCCACGCCGUGGAGGUUCUGCUGCUGCGUGUCCAGAAGGACCCCCAGGAGACCACGGGGAGCGGGUUCUGUGUGUUUCUGGAGUGGGUCACUGUGAGCGGCGCCGCCGGACAAGGUCCAGAGAAGAAGAUGGAGGUGAGGAAGAGGAGGGUCCUGAGGGGGAAGUCGGUGCCUCAUUACGCCGCCGUGGAGCCACAGGGGAGGGGCCUAAUGGUGGCGUCAGAGAAACCGUUCGUCUUCACGCACGUGGACGGCCGACCCGUGGAGCAGCCGGAACCGGAGCCCAUGGAGGUGGAGAAGGCAGAUCCGCUCUACUUCUGGCAGCAGACGGCUGAUGACAUCACGCUGAGCCUUCGCCUCCCUGAGGGCGUGGCCAGAGAGGACGUGAGCUUCCGGCUGACGGCGGACACGCUGAGCGUCGGGGUGGGGGGCUUCCCGCCGCUGCUGGAGGGUCAGCUGUACGGGUCGGUGGACCCCGAGGCCAGCGCCUGGAUCAUCAAGAACAACAAAAGCCUGGAGGUCACCCUGCAGAAGCUCAGCGAGGGGCCCAUGUGGCCCGAGCUGGUGCUGGGAAACAGGAGAGGGGAGUUUGUGAUGAGCGACGAGCAGGCGGCCCUCAUCCAUGACCGACUGACACACCUGACCUCCGAGGACCUGAAUGGAGGCGCUGACGGGGAGAAGCCGCCCUGUAACUCCCAGGAGCUGGAGGACUGUGACGGCUUCCCGGAGGACGGCUUCAGCCUCACGCGCUUCGAUGGGGAAACGCUCAGACCCACUCAGGUGGUAAACCUGGACGGCCAUCAGUACCUGUUCACCGUGGACGUGGAUCCCACCCAGAUGCCGUGUCUCUGUCUCCGACACGACGUGGACGCCCUGGUCUGGCAGCCGCGUCCUGACCGACCCGAGGACAUGUGGGAGCACAUCGCCACCUUCAACGCUCUGGGUUACGUCCAGGCCUCCAAGCAGGAUAAAAAGUUUGCCACCUGCGCUCCAGAUUUCUCCUACGCCGCGCUCGGCGAGUGUCUCCGCCGCGCCUUCAUCUACCGCCAGCCGUCGCCCGUGGAGACCGUCCUCUUCAACAGGAAGCAGGGCCGUCAGGUGGGAGAGGUUGCUAAGCAACAGGUGGCAAGCCUGGACUCGGACAAGCCAAUCCUGGGCUUCAGAGCGUCCAACGAGAGGCUGUUCAUCCUGACCUCCUCUAAUCUGUUUGUGCUGAAGGUCAAUAAUAAUUAGAUUGAGGUUUGGUCUCGUUAACCCGGCGGGAGGGGGGGGGUCAUUCCCACCUGGAUGAAGGCGUCUCUCUCCUCUAUGUGAACAAGACGGGGUUUUAUGAGGAUGAACUUGUGUGGAAUCUGUUUUUAUACUUGAAAUCUCUGCAGAAAUAAAGGAAUGAAUGACA